AUGGAAUCGAGGCAUUUGACCCACAUGAGACAAGCUGUGAAGCUUGCUAAAUAUGCUCUAGACCAUAACGAAACACCGGUUGCUUGUAUAUUUGUAUAUGAACCGACAGAUGAGAUUAUUGCAUAUGGUAUGAAUGAUACAAAUAAGUCACAUACAGGUAUUGCUCAUGCAGAAUUUAUGGGAAUAGAUCAAAUACAAGAAAAAUUCGGUGCAGAGAAUUUGGUAGAAAUAUUUAAGGAUACUGUAUUAUAUGUUACUGUUGAACCUUGUAUAAUGUGUGCAUCGGCUUUGAAACAAUUGGGAAUCAAAAGGGUAUAUUUUGGUUGUGGUAAUGAAAGGUUUGGUGGUAAUGGUACUGUUUUGACGAUAAACAAAGAUCAUUCUACAAUAUCAUUAAAUGAAAAUAAAACUUAUGAUGCUAUACCUGGAAUAUAUCGUAAGGAGGCAAUAAUGUUAUUAAGAUAUUUUUAUGUAAGAGAAAAUGAUCAUGCACCCAAACCAAAAGUGAAAAAGGAAAGAAUCUUGGAUAAAGAGACUUUCCCUCCUAUAAUUUGGUCUUCAUAUAUUGAUAGAUCAUUGUUUGGUCAAGAGUUUGGCUUAGAAAACUUAGUACAUUUUGAUGAAAAUACUGAUCUUGCUGGUAUUUCUAAUCAUGGAAUAGAUUGGAAAUUAAUAGAUGAUUCAUGUGAUGAUAUAGUAGAUACGUUGGAGAUUACUAGACAAAAGGCUCAAAUAAAUAUUCAUAAACGUAUUAAAAGUACUAAAUAA